AAGCAUGAUAUUAAAAAAAAAAGAAAUAACUAACGAAAAUAUAUACAAUCGGAUCUCUCUCUAUCUCCGAAAAAUUUCAGAAAUCUGUAAAAGAAAAAAAAUAAAAAAAUAAAAGAGGGAGAAAUGGCGAGUGGUGGAAAAGUGUCCUUCAAAGUCACUCUUACCUCCGAUCCAAAGCUCCCUUUCAAAGUGUUUAGCGUUCCUGAAGCAGCCCCGUUUACAGCUGUCUUGAAAUUCGCAGCCGAGGAAUUCAAAGUCCCUCCCCAAACCAGCGCUAUCAUCACCAAUGAUGGUGUAGGAAUCAAUCCUCAGCAAAGUGCAGGAAAUGUCUUCCUCAAACAUGGUUCUGAACUUCGCCUGAUACCCCGGGACAGGGUUGGAGCCUUUUGAAUGGUGAAAAAACUUCAUUGUUAUCAGAGUGAAAAGACUUGUUAUGACCUUUGAUUAUGGAUCCAUAUUGUUAGCAUCUUUGUACUUUUACUCAGGCGAAGAACAGAGCUAUAAUAUAUAACCAUUAAUCUUAUGUAUGGUGAAUGGUAGUACUAUGCCUUUUUCUUGUGCU